AUGACAACUAUCGAAAGCAAAUCUUCCACAACAGCGUCUUGUUCUUCAGAAUCAUAUGCGACAAAAUCUCUGAUUCCCCUUGGUCCCACUGGUAAGCGUCUUGACUAUAUUACAUGGCAUCAACACCACAUGUAUAUGACCAGAAUGUUGAGUGAAAUGAGUACAUCACAAGAACCAAAUGGAUGCUAUAUUGUCGACGAGGACAAUUAUCAAAUAAUUUCCGGGUAUUCUGGAGAAGUAGCAUCUAAAAAUGAUUCUUGUCAGUGCGCGAUUCUGUCUGCUCUCCGAAAGCUAGAAAAGAAGGCAAUCAGUGGUGACAACUUCAUCAUGUACAUCACGACUUUCCCCAGCUGUACUCAUUGCUUGGAGAGGAUACUGCAUAUGAAGAUAUCGAAAAUCUGGUAUUGGAAUCCAAUUGAUUCUACCGUGGAUGGCCAAAUUAAAAAUCUCGAAACUAACGGUAUCAAGUGUGAGAAGUAUCAAUCAACUCGAACGAUUUCAAUCGAUUUCCAUGAAUGA